AGCUGUCAUUUACCGUUUAACGGAACGGGUUAUAGGUUAGGUUACGUCUUUGAUAAUUUUAAUCCAAAAAUAAAUUAAUUAUAAAAAUUAAACCUUUGCUUAAAGGUCCAACAUAAAACGAAAAUGUCUCGUCUUGCUAGAAAUGUAUGCCGUACUUUGCUGCAGGGAUCCUACAUGACCCAUGGGAGCAGGGGAGUUCAGACAGCGAGCACGGUAAAUGGCCCCGCAGAAAUUGGUAUCAGCACCUUGCAAUCGAGUUCUCCCGAGGGCCGCAUCAAGUGCACUUUGAUUCCCGGAGAUGGCGUCGGUCCUGAACUCGUCUAUUCCGUUCAGGAAGUCUUUAAGGCGGCAGACAUCCCGGUGGACUUUGAGACGUUCUUCUUCUCGGAGGUGAACCCGACGCUGAGCGCGCCCCUUGAGGAUGUCGUCAACUCCAUCGCGAGGAACAAGUGCUGUAUCAAGGGUAUCCUCGCCACCCCAGAUUUCUCUCACACGGGUGAACUUCAAACCCUUAACAUGAAACUGCGUAACGCUCUGGACUUGUACGCUAACGUGGUGCAUGUCAAAUCUCUGCCGAACGUGAAGAGUCGUCACCGUGACGUCGACUGCAUCAUCAUCAGAGAGCAGACUGAGGGAGAAUACUCUGCGCUGGAACACGAGAGCGUUCCCGGCGUAGUGGAAUGCCUCAAAAUCAUCACGGCAGCCAAAUCGGAGCGCAUUGCCAAGUUCGCGUUCGACUAUGCCGUGAAGAUGGGCCGCAAGAAGGUCACUGCCGUACACAAGGCUAACAUCAUGAAGCUAGGAGACGGCCUGUUUUUGCGUAGCUGUGAAGAGAUGGCAAAACUAUACCCCCGUCUCCAAUUCGAGAAGAUGAUCGUGGACAACUGUUCCAUGCAGAUGGUUUCCAACCCCAAUCAGUUCGAUGUGAUGGUAACACCGAACUUAUAUGGCAACAUUGUCGAUAACUUGGCAAGUGGCCUUGUGGGCGGCGCGGGAGUUGUUGCCGGCGCUUCUUAUAGUGCUGAGUGCGCUGUGUUUGAACAGGGCGCCCGCCACAUCUUCUCGGGCGCAGUGGGCAAGAACAUCGCCAACCCGACCGCCAUGCUGCUCUGCUCCGCCAACCUGCUCGCACACGUCAACCUGCAUCCAUACUCGCGGAUGAUCAAGAAUGCUAUCAACAAGGUAUUGACAGACGGAAAAGUGAGGACAAAGGAUCUCGGAGGCCAGUCGACCACCAAAGAUUUCACCAACGCCGUCAUCCACUCCUUAUGCGAAUAAACAUAUAAAAAUCAAACAUCCAACAUCCGUGAGACACAUCUCACAGCUACAUAAAUAUAGCCUUAAAUUAUUUUUACUUAUUUAUUAGUAGAAACAUCGAUCUGUGAAUCAUAGGGAAAUUAUAACAACUUUACAGUAUUCAAUUCGUUUUUAAAUUGUAUUUAUUAGAGACAAUCUGUUGGACAUGUAAAUAAAACCAUUAAGUGAUAA